AAGAAUUUUUAAGUUGCGGAUUAAAGCAAAUAAUGACUGAUGAACUUGUUUCGAAGUUUACGUGGAACCAAACGCAAGACACAUAUGGAAUUGGAAAUACCAAACUAUUUAAUGCUUUUUAUAACGCUGCCCGUAGUUGCCAUUUGUUUGCUGGUCCAGAAAAUAAGGAAACUUUUAAAAUGAAUAUGCAGGAUGUAUUAAAAAGCACAAAACAGAGGUUUAGGAAUAAAUUUAAGAAAGGAAAAAAAUCAAAUUCAACGGGUACCUUGCAAGAAAAAAUAUCAGAAAUUGAAAGUUUACUACACGAUUACCAAAAUGAUGGUGAUAAUGGAGAAGAGAGCGGUGUAGAUGAACGUGAGGUUUUCGAUGACGAAGUUGGUUUAGAUGAAGAUGCCGAUGAUGAGGGAGAUUAAAUGACAAUAUCCUUUUAACCGGGUUUUUAUUACUUGCUUAUAGUAAUUAUUUUUUGUUUCAUUUUUUAUUAUUACCUUC